AUGCCCUCUCACGAAAAUGAAAAUGAAUACGAGAUAAAUACCCAUUCCUCCACUGCGCACUCUCAUGCCGAUUUCCCGUGGUACCCCUUGCAAACUCGUAUUCAAGAUGUCAUCGCCCCGGGCAGACUCAUCAUCGUCGGUGACGUACACGGCCAACUCCCCGAACUGAAGAAAUUACUGGGAAAAGUCGCGUAUAGCAGAGCCAAUGGCGAUAAACUAAUCUUCGUGGGGGACUUGAUUAACAAGGGUCCUGACAGUGCGGGUGUUGUGCAGUUGGCGAUGGAGCUUGGGGCGAGUGCGAUAAGAGGGAAUAAUGAGGAUCGAGUGCUUGCUGCGCAUACUGCUAUCAAAAGGGGGGAGGAUACGAAGCUUGUUGAGCGGUUGAAGAGACUGGCCCGUGAAGCGGAAAAGGAGAAGGAGAAGGAAGAUGGCGAGCAACAGGCCCCAUCCGAGACGAAGGAGGACUUGAAGUCAAUAUCACCGGAGGACCUCAAACCUUACAGUUCGGAAAGCGACUUUACGACUGCCGCCAAUCUUACCGAUGAGCAAGUUUCUUGGUUAGCUUCACAACCGCUGAUUCUACGGAUCAAACUCCGAAAGGGAGCAACAUCACCGCCUUGGAACUCCGGAACCCUCCUUGUUGCGCAUGGCGGUUUGGUCCCUUUACUUCCACUGGAAGAACAAGACCCAUGGGCCGUCAUGAACAUGCGAGGGCUGGUAUACCCAGAUCCACAAGCUAUCGUCUCUGAGCCCAUCCGCGCUGGUCUACUUAAGGGAGCCAAGAGUCGGACGCGACGAUAUGCAGCAUAUCACGAUGUCACUGAUACAGAUAUAAAGGCCGAGUUGGCAAAAUGGGCAGAUGUUAUCAACAAUGGCGAAGGGUUCAGUGGCCAGUACAAAGAGGGUGUUGUUGGAUUUCCGCUUGAAACUCGAGAGGGCGAUUGGUGGAUCGACGCUUGGGACCGAUGGCAGAAGUCGAUUGAGGAUCCUGAGAAGCGAAGUAUUGUCGUCUAUGGUCAUGAUGCCAGAGUUGGGAUACAAGUUGGCGCAGACUCGCCCGAGGUUGCAAGAUAUACCUUUGGUAUGGACUCUGGCUGCGUAUAUGGGAAGAGCUUGACAGCCAUGGUUAUUCACGAGAGGGAGGAUGGUAAGGGACUGUCGCAUUCGAUAGUUCAGGUUGAUGCGAUCAAGAAGGAUGAGCAGAAAGAAGGCGAGGCAAUUUGA